AUGGCGACGACCAGGGCCGACACGGAGACCAUCGUCGCUCUGACAAAACCCUUGAUUCUCGCCCCAGACUUGAGAGAUUGCAAGAAAGUUGGCGACUUGGUUUCCGCCCUCAAAACUUACAAAUGGGGCAGCUUCAACGACAUGGAGAGUUUCCUGUACAUCCUCCACUGCUCUGGCGGUGUUGAGAUUCCACUGAACGGACCACUUUACGACCCUGAACGGCCCCUACUGCCGACUACCAGCCCGAUACUUCACCUUUCAGCACGACCGAUCCACUUGAAGUACGACGUACACAUCCGCCUGCCCCUUCAGCGAUUCAUGCUCCCAUGGCCAAAGUAUGGUAGUAUCAGAGUACAGUGGACUGAUACUGGAAGACGGCUUCAAGAGAGGAUUCAUGCACAAUAUGGGGUUCCGAUGAACUCUUUCAUGCUUUCAUUUGGUGGCACGAGCGUCUCCGAGACCGCCAAUCUUAUUGAGCAGAAGAUCCUGAGUGACUGCAUUGUGAGUGUCAGACUCAGCAUUUCCAUCACGUACCGGUUCAGGCAGGACGUUCUUACAAGCUGGGUCUGGUCGGAUGACAAACUGACGGUAUCGCUGGAGGAUGUCGCCAAACAGAUUUGCACAAGACUCGAGGACCUUCGUUUUGCGAUCGUCCGAUGCUCUGGUACCGUCACUGGAAAAGCAGAAAAUUGGCUACCGGAUAGGUCUAUCAUUUUCUCGGCGGACCGCGUCACGGGGACAGUGGAAGAGAAUGGAUUUCAAACCGGGGACAGUAUCGAGGUGUACCGCAUGCCACAGAGCUUGACAAAGAGAAAGGAGGAGUCUAUGCAAAACAAAUAG